UGCACAAACUACUACAUUUCUCAGAGUAGAAGAAGCUUUCCUCACGACUUUCACGUUUAGCUGCAGUGGCUGUUCUGACCUUCUCACUGCAGUGUGUCAAACUGAAAAAUGACUGGGCGCAUGUUUGCAAAUUGGUGGUCCAAGAUGGGCCCGUACUACACCAAGGCAUACCAAGAGGUGUGGGUGGGUCUUGGCAUCAUGACAUACCUGUACUAUAAACUCUCCUAUGGAGGCAAGAAGAAGGCUGUGAAAGACAAGCCUGCCCAUUGAGUUCUCCAUAAGGCUGACAACCCCUCCACCUGCUGUGAAAUAAUGCCCCAGUCACUAGUCCAGACAUCCAGCUUUAUAUUUGCGUUUUUGUUAAUACGAAACAAAUAAAGUUGUUAUCCAAA